AUGGCGUUCCAGGACCCGAAUAUCGUUGCCCCGACGGACAUCAAUACCUCAGCCGUCAUUGAGUAUGCCGUCACACACCUCAAAGUCAAACAUGUCGUUCUCUGUGGUCAUUCGGCGUGUGGUGGUGCCAAGGCGGCAUUGGGUGAUUCCCGCGUUGGAGGUGUGCUCGACACAUGGUUGACACCGCUGAAGGCCGUGCGGGCUCAGAAUAUCGAAGAACUUGCCGCUAUCAAAGAUGAGGACAUACGCGCCAUCCGCAUUGCCGAAAUGAAUGUCGAAGCUGGCGUCCGAGUUCUGAUGGCCAACUUCGCUAUUCAAGAGGCAGUAAAGGAGCGUGGUCUUACAGUUCACGGAUGUCUUUUUGACAUUGCCAGUGGCCGGAUCAGAGAUUUAGGGUUUGGCACACGUGGCGUAGAGGGGAGAGGCAUGAUUGCGAACGGCGACGAGGACAUUGUUCGCGGAAAACAUGCUCAGCUGGUUUUCCGCGAUGGAGACGCCUCAAUGCAAGUGCAAUGA